AUGGAAACGGUACGACCGGCAAUGCUAAUAACAGUGACGAUUCUGCGUAUAAUUUGGUUGCAGCCAAUCAAUGCCGAGUCCAAUUGGGUACAACUAUUGUUGAAGAGAGUGAAUAGUGCAUUUGUAUCUAACCCUCAAACGCCACUAUCAACUACAGCAACAACAACGACAACAACGACGGUGAUUAUACGAACAACGACGAUGACUGUACGGCCAACGACAACAAUCACACCAACAAUGACAGCGACCAGACGAAAAACGAAAACAACCACACCACCAACAACGACAACCACACGGCCAACGACAACAAGGAUAACAACAACGACCGCACGGCCAACGAUAACAACAACGACCGUACGACCAACGACCGCACGGCCAACGACAACAACGACGACCGUACGACCAACGACAACAACAACGACCGUACGGCCAACGACGACCGUACGGCCAACGACAACAACGACGACCGCACGGCCAACGAUAACAACAACGACCGUACGAUCAACGACAACAACGACCUUACGACCAACGACAACAACGACCGUAGGACCAACGACGACCGCACGGCCAACGACGACAACAACGACCGUACGGCCAACGACAACAACGACGACCGCAGGGCCAACGAUAACAACGACGGUGACUGCAAGACCAACGGCAGCAACUACACCAACAACGACGGCGACCACACGAUCAACAACAAUAACAUUAACAACCACACUGCCAUCAAUAACAACGGUAACUACGGUGAGACCAUCGAUUGGAACAACAACAACAACUCAAAGGGUAACAACCACAACAAACAUCAUUGGAAUGACUACCACAUCAGUGUCACAAUUCACUACCUUUCAAAGCCAGGCGCUUGCUGCAACAAAUAUCCAUCGGGCAUAUCAUUGCGCACCGAAUAUUAUUCUCAAUGCAACACUCAAUAGUAUUGCUCAAAGUUAUUCAGAGCAACUUGCUGCGACUAAAACCUUCGUUCAUAGCGGUAACGGUUAUGGAGAAAACUUAUGGGCGAUUAGUUCGUCCGGAACGCUCAAUAUCACUUUAAUGAAUGGUAAUUAA